AUGUCAAACAACUCGAACAACUUACCUACUAAUACAACAUCUAAUACUGCUAAGCCUUCUAAAACAUCCAAUACCAAAACAACUAAUACUAAUAUUUUAACAUAUAUCACUAACCCUCCUAUUAAUUCUGAUAAUAUCACUAACCCUCCUACUCUUGAUGAUAAUUAUUUUGAUUAUGAUUCUUCAGAUUCUAUUGCAAGCCCAUCUCGAUCUCGACAUUCUCACCAUUCUUCUUCAGAAAAUAGAAAUCGAUCUCUAUCUCCAUAA